AGACAAUGUGUACAUUUCAUUAACAUACAUCUGCUAUGAAUACGUAUAUCUGUUUAGUUUUUGUGUUUGUUGAAAUUGUUGCUGAAGCAAAUGAACCGAGAAGCAGAUGGAGGCAUAUGCGCAUGGACGGUGGUUUCACAACAGGGCGGAAGACAAGUUUAAGAAAAUCUCACAGGCGCGUGAAGUGAAUUUUUAACGGCUGAUGAUGUAUAGUAAACAUGCAAAGACCAAUACGGAGAUCGUGUACAAGAUGACAAAUAAAUGCGACAAAGGAAGGAAUCUUCUUCGCUGUCUAGAGUCUGGCGAAUGCAUACAUGAAAUGCUGGUUUGCGAUGGUCACGUCGAUUGCGCAGAUGGAAGCGAUGAACGGGACGACGUUUGUGAUGACUCACUUUUUGCCCCUGUAUUGGUAUACAAAGGAUUUGGUCAGACAUGCUUUAUGGAUGCUAGGCGAGUGCAUCUUGAAUUUCAAUAUGACAAGAUAGUGAGACUACCUCAUCUCUCGCAGGCAGUCUUCACCUCGGGAACGCUUGAAUGGGAAUCCGAAUGGAUGAAUGGAAGCAAAACUUACGAAACCAGAGACUGGAAAGGAACAUACAUGCUUGGCAGUGGGUUUGAAUUUGCUUGGACGGUUUGGGGUGAACCAUUUAUAUUCAGGACAAACAUAUCGUACUACAUCCAGGAAAGGCCAAUACGAUCGUACACCUACUUGGGCG